GGCAGCUUCCAGAGAAGAAUCAACGUGAUUUCACACCGAUCGUUGUGUUAUUCAUCACAAGUGAAGAAAUAAAGAUGGGAAAAUCGAAAGCAGAGAAUACGUUCAGGUUUCAGACAUUUACUGAACGAAUAGCCAGUGUAAACAUUGAUGUCAUCCACAAGAUAAGGCAUCACGACGACACUCCAGAUGAAACAUCCACUUAUUUCUGUGAAGCAUUACAAAAAUGGUCAGAGUUGAACUGCACAGAGCAUUUUGCAAACUUUAGAAAGGAGAUAAGUGACCAAGUGCAGACAUUUGCACAACUAGUACAUCACAAGGAAGAAAUCAUUGCAGCUUUGAAGAAACACUUGGAAAUUCCUGAAAGCUUGGCAAUCGGACCACUUCUGAAUUUACUGGUGCAGCUGGCCCGGGAUCUUCAGACAGACUUCUACUGCUAUUUCCAUGAUUUUUUUGACUUGCUGGUUGGUCUCCUCGGCAAAAAUGGCCAGAACCAAGAAAUUCUGGAAAGCAUUUUCUCAGCCUUAUCUUACAUCUUCAAGUUCCUCUGGCGUUACUUAGUUAGAGACAUUCAGGAUGUGUACCAGUAUUUUUCUACACUUUUAAGAAAGAACAACAGAGAAUAUAUUGUGAACUUUGCUGCAGAGAGUUUUGCUUUUUUGAUGAGAAAGGUGAAAAACCAUGGAGAGUUGUUUGAUUUCUUGUUCCUUACUUUAGUGGAGGCUCCUGAGACAGCUGAAGGAGUGGGUCGCCUGUUAUUUGAGAUGGUUAAAGGUGUUCAGAAGCAGUUCCACAGCUGUACACAAAAGACAUUUCCCAUUGUGCUUAGUAAGCUUGGUGAAUGUCAGGAUGGUAGAUAUGAACAGUUACCCUGGGACCUUGUGGAAAGUGCAGUCACUGAAAUGUUUGUGUCAAUGGCAAAACACACUGACAAGAAAAAUUGUUCUGAUAUCUGGAAAAUAUUAAUUUCCUCAGUUGACAGUGUUUAUCAGAAUUUAACAAAAGCUGCUAAGAAAAACAAACCCAAGAUCUCCACUCAUCUGCUGCGACUUUUGCGUUUGAUGAAUUUAUGGAUAAACCACAGGAAAGGAAAGAUUGUAGCAGAACCAGACAGUGUGGCACAGUGCCUGCUGACGUUACUGAGGGGGGAAACCUUACCAGAGGAUGCUGGGGGACAGCUGCUGGAGGUGGUCACUAGUCUUAUUGUUACCUGUACUGCAGUCUUACCUGUAGAAAGCACGGUCAAACUAGUCUCCAGUGUGUACAAGACAAAAUACUCUGAGAGCCAUGUGUAUUCUUUCACUAGGGCUGUCCUUGAUCUCCCAUUAUUUGAGAAGGAUGUUUUGCCCUCCCUGCUACCAUACUUUCAUCAAGUGAUGUGUGGAAAUGACGCCUCCUCACAGAAACAGACAAUACAUCUUCUGACAGACGUCAUUCAUCACAAAGCCCCACCCCCUUCUGAUGGCAGUCAGCUGGAUCAACUGCAGGCUUACAUGCUAGACUUUGGGGUCACUGGAAAGACAGGACUUCCUUAUCACAUCUUGACUGUGUUGACGAACAACUCCAACGAUAAUGCACUGAGUGGUACAUAUUUACCUGAAGUCUGGUCUGCAUUAAAACUACUGCCCCAUGUCAGACCCAUACUUGACAAGGAAGAGACCAUCAAGAGAGUAACAGCAUUAUUCAAAAACUGUUUGAAGAACAUCUUAUCAGAUGACGCUCAGAUUCCAACAGAUGAAGUUUUAAACAUCAUGUACCACUGCAUUCUGGCUUUGCUUUAUAUACAAGAUGAUGGAGAAAUGUUUAGCUGCAUUUCAUUGACAGAUGUCCUUUCUCUUAUGAGGCAAUUUCCUGAUCAUGUGACAGUCCUAGAGUUAUUUGACCUAUACUUCACACAAGCCUCACUAGAUGACAGCACCAGUAUCACAUCUGAGGAGACUUUGUUACAAGUUUACCCAGUUCUUGAAAAGAAUCUUUCCUCCCCUUUCUCAAAGGUUAGAAUGCUGACCCUGAGAAUUCUGUCACAGUUCUCAUUUAGACUACCAUCACAGGGAGAUGACGAGGCCACAGAACAGCUAGAUGUAUUCAGGAUUUGUCUUGAGGCAGAGUUAGUUCCCCUGAGUGUCCAAGACUCGCGACGUAAGCUGAUGUUUUUACAGAGACUGCAGUUUGACAUUGUCCAAAAGUCCAUCCCUGUGGGGCCUUUUACUCUG